AUCAGAUCUUCUAUAUUUGGUGGUUGGGAGCCGAAGAGGCCUCUUAUUAGAGCGCGUAGAUUUGAUUCUUGUUCGAAGGGGUUUUGUACUUUUCAGACUAUAUCAGCUGAGUUUUUGGUGUGUUUUGUUGUACUCGGUCCUCGACUGGGUCUCUUUUUUGAAUUGUUAAAUUCAACAUCCAGAGAGAGAGAGAGAGAGAGAGAGAGAGAGAGGUCGCGUUAGGUUUUGGAGUAGUUAUUUGAAGAAAUACGGGACUGGGUCGCACAUCAAGUUUUAUCCCAUAGAAAGCUUCGUGAGUCUGUGACAGUUAUACUGGUGAUCCAUAAUCUCCUACUACACAAUUUAUACCAUGGCUUCAAGGUCAUCCAAAGUUUCAGAAUCGUACAAUGGAAAGUCAGGUCCCCUGUCAGUGACCUUCGCCAGGAGGACUUCAUCAGGCCGAUAUGUCAACUACUCGAGAGAAUCCAAUGAUCUUGACAAUGAUAUUGCCAGUGGUGAGUUCAUGAACUACACAGUGCACAUCCCACCAACACCUGAUAACCAACCGAUGGACGCAUCCGUUGCUCAGAGAGUUGAGGAGCAAUAUGUGUCUAGUUCAUUAUUUACCGGCGGUUUCAACAGCCUUACUCGUGCCCAUUUGAUGGAUAAGGUGAUUGACUCCGAAACAAGCCAUCCUCAAAUGGCUGGGGCAAAAGGGUCUUCUUGCGCAGUACCUGGUUGCGACGGAAAGGUGAUGAGCGAUGAGAGGGGUGAAGAUAUCCUCCCUUGUGAAUGUGAUUAUAAGAUAUGUAGGGAUUGUUUUGUUGAUGCUGUGAAAACUGGAGAUGGGAUUUGUCCGGGGUGUAAAGAGGCUUACAAGGACACGGAGUUGGAUGAGAGAGCAGUGGAUGACAGCCAGCCUCUCCCUCUGCCGCCGCCGCCUGGGGGGAUGUCAAAGAUGGAGAGGAGGUUGUCAUUGAUGAAAUCUACAAAAUCGAUCUUGACAAGGAGCCAGACAGGGGAUUUUGAUCAUAACCGGUGGUUGUUUGAGACGAAGGGAACUUAUGGAUAUGGGAAUGCUAUUUGGCCCAAGGAAGGUGGGUUUGGGAAUGAGAGAAGUGAUGUUGGUGAUGAGCCUGAUGAGCCUUCAGUACUUCUUAGCAAGCCCUGGAGGCCCUUGACUCGCAAAUUAAAGAUACCUGCUGCAAUUUUGAGCCCAUAUCGGCUCCUAAUAUUUUUACGGAUGAUUGUUCUGGUGCUAUUUCUUGUAUGGAGGAUCAGCCACCAAAAUACUGAUGCAGUCUGGCUGUGGGGCAUGUCUGUGGUUUGUGAGCUUUGGUUUGCAUUCUCAUGGCUACUGGACACGCUCCCAAAGUUCUGCCCCGUGAAUCGGGCCACCGAUCUUGCUGUUCUGAAAGAAAAGUUUGAAACCCGUGGCCCAAACAACCCCACCGGAAAAUCCGAUCUUCCGGGGAUUGACAUAUUUGUUUCUACUGCGGACCCUGAAAAAGAGCCGCCUCUUGUCACUGCCAACACCAUCCUAUCAAUUCUUGCGGCUGAAUAUCCAGUUGAAAAGCUUUCGUGCUAUGUGUCUGACGAUGGAGGGGCCCUCUUAACCUUUGAGGCCAUGGCAGAAGCCGCAAGUUUUGCCAACUUGUGGGUCCCAUUUUGCCGGAAGCACGAUAUUGAGCCAAGGAAUCCCGAAUCUUAUUUCAGUUUGAAGAGAGAUCCUUAUAAGAAUAAGAUGCGUCCAGAUUUUGUCAAGGAUCGUAGGCGGGUAAAGCGUGAGUAUGAUGAGUUCAAGGUUCGAAUUAAUGGCCUUCCGGAUUCGAUUAGGCGGCGUUCUGAUGCUUAUAAUGCUAGAGAGGAAAUCAAAGCUAUGAAGCAACAGAGGGAGAAUGGUAACCUUAACGAUGAAUCUCUGGAAACUAUAAAGGUCCUUAAGGCUACCUGGAUGGCAGAUGGAACCCAUUGGCCCGGCACUUGGGUUGAUUCUGCUCCAGAGCACACUAGGGGUGACCAUGCCGGAAUUAUUCAGGUGAUGUUGAAACCCCCAAGUGAUGAACCAUUACACGGCGCAGCAGCUGAUUCCAAUCCUAUCGACCUAACAGAAAUUGACAUCCGACUCCCUUUAUUGGUCUACGUUUCUCGCGAAAAGCGUCCAGGAUACGAUCACAACAAGAAAGCCGGCGCAAUGAAUGCUCUGGUUCGCGCCUCGGCUAUCAUGUCCAAUGGACCCUUCAUUUUGAACCUCGACUGUGACCACUACAUUUACAACUCCAUGGCAUUGAGAGAAGGCAUGUGUUUCAUGAUGGACCGUGGCGGCGAUCGCCUUUGCUUUGUCCAGUUCCCCCAGAGAUUCGAGGGAAUCGAUCCAUCCGACCGCUAUGCCAAUCACAACACAGUUUUCUUUGAUGUCAACAUGCGUGCUCUUGACGGGCUUCAGGGGCCUGUUUAUGUCGGAACCGGAUGCCUCUUCCGCCGGAUUGCAUUGUAUGGUUUUGAUCCUCCUCGAUCAAAGGAAUACCACCAAGGUUGCUGUAGCUGUUGCUUCGGUCGACGUAAAAAAUCUUCUACGGUAGCUUCUGCCUCAGACUCGAAAAGAGCGCUUCGAAUGGGAGAUUCUGAUGAUGACGAGGAAAUGAACAUCUCUCUUUUUCCCAAAAAAUUUGGCAACUCGUCUUUCCUCGUUGACUCCAUUCCAGUGGCGGAAUUCCAGGGCCGACCACUUGCUGAUCACCCUGCCAUCAAGAAUGGACGAGCUCCAGGCGCUCUUACCAUCCCACGGGACCUACUUGAUGCAUCCACGGUCGCUGAAGCAAUUAGUGUUAUCUCGUGUUGGUAUGAAGAUAAAACUGAAUGGGGAACCCGAGUCGGGUGGAUCUACGGAUCGGUGACAGAAGACGUGGUGACUGGUUACCGGAUGCACAACCGGGGUUGGAAAUCCAUCUAUUGUGUCACCAAGAGGGACGCCUUCCGUGGGACUGCUCCAAUCAAUCUGACAGACCGGCUCCACCAGGUCCUCCGGUGGGCGACAGGCUCCGUUGAGAUUUUCUUCUCCCGCAACAAUGCUAUUCUGGCGAGUACAAAGAUGAAGUUUUUGCAGAGGAUUGCGUACCUCAACGUCGGAAUAUACCCUUUCACCUCGUUUUUCCUUAUCGUCUACUGUUUCCUUCCAGCACUAUCCCUUUUCUCUGGCCAAUUCAUUGUCCAGACCCUAAACGUGGCGUUCCUCACCUACCUCUUGAUCAUCACAUUGACUCUUUGCAUGCUUGCGGUGCUUGAGAUCAAGUGGUCUGGCAUCACACUGGAAGAAUGGUGGAGAAACGAGCAAUUUUGGUUAAUUGGAGGCACGAGCGCUCAUCUUGCCGCUGUGCUUCAGGGCCUACUGAAAGUAAUUGCUGGGAUUGAAAUUUCAUUUACGUUGACAUCAAAAUCUGGCAGUGAUGAUGUGGAUGAUGAAUUUGCCGAUCUCUAUGUUCUCAAAUGGACGUCCCUCAUGAUCCCACCGAUCACAAUCAUGAUGACUAAUUUGAUUGCCAUUGCAGUGGGAGUUAGCCGGACAAUAUAUAGCACUAUACCACAGUGGAGCCGUUUGUUAGGAGGGGUGUUUUUCAGCUUCUGGGUUUUGGCUCAUCUCUACCCUUUUGCGAAAGGGCUUAUGGGAAGGCGUGGGAGGACACCCACCAUCGUGUUUGUUUGGUCCGGACUCAUUGCAAUCACCAUAUCUCUCCUUUGGGUGGCUAUCAGCCCCCCGUCCGGUAGUUCUGGAAUUGGCGGAUCCUUCACGUUCCCGUGAUUUGGUCCUUAAAGGUAAAAACCUCAUUUUGUUAUCGGUCUGAACUUCGAGCCUGAUUUCUGCUGUUUUUUUUUUCCCAACAGCUUGUACUGAAAAAUGGCUAGGGCCUUGGAUUCAUUGGUAUUGUUGUUCCUUCAUUCUUGCUUAAAUUCAGAUGUUCAUAGAUUGUGAUCCCAUACACCAUUUUUUUUCCCCCGUAGUUAUGAUCUUGUAACUAGAGACGUGACAGUAGAAGAUGAAAGUUGAAUUUUUUUUUUCUCA